AUGGAGGAUGCAAAUUAUGAUAAAUUGUGGUCAGAUUGUAUUCCAUCAGACGUACUCGGAUUAAUAUCAUCCCAUCUUGUUGCUGCUGAAUACUUUGUUUUCCGUGCGGUUUGUAAAAAAUGGCACUACGCUCCUCUAAUGGCUCCUCCUCCUCCACAAUUAUGUUCGCCAUCGCCAUGUUUGAUGACCUUGCAUAAAGAAACAGGCAUAGUAGAAUUCUUUGAUCCGGUGUACAAUGUCGUAACUACUCACAAGACGGGUAUUCAAAAAUUAAGGGGGGCCCGAAUUCGGAACUCAAAAGCUAAUUGGUUGCUCAUGAGUCAUGGAAAUCGCGGCAUGUUUUUCUUCAAUCCGUUUAGCAAUGGCAUAAUUGAACUCCCUGAUCUACUGGAGGAGCACAAAAAUUCUUGCUCUGCUUGGACUUUUUCGUGUCCUCCUGACUCAUUAUCGGAUUGUUUCGUUGUUGGUUUUAAAGCCAUUGGUUAUGUCCCAGAUGUGUACAUCAUCAAAGUUGGAGAUACUGAAUGGACGUAUCACUACUCCUUGAACCCAGGAAAAUUUAUGGCAACCGGGUGCAAUAAUCCGUUAUUUUCUAAAACAAUACUAUCUACUUACUCGGAGAUAAAGGUAACUUGGGAACACUACGCAUCAACGAAAACUCAGCUGCACAAAGACCUAGGUGGAAAUUUUACGGGAGUUAUUUUCCAAGUUCAAAACAAGGAUUAA